AUGCGGAACGUUGUACAGGUAGAGGCGGGGGGUGACGGGAACGUCACCAGCGAGGAGGACGAGUCGGCGGCGACGGCGGCGGCUAAGCAGCACCUCUUCUGCUACUGGUGGUGGCGGUCGGCGCCGGAGUUCGACGACCACGGCCGCCCUGACGAGCGCCUCUACCCCACCACAGUGGCGGAGGUGUCCACACUCAGCCCCAGGCUCCGGGUCCUCAAGGAGAUGGAGAGGCUGGCCCUCGUCUCCCACGACUCCCUCGACGACCUUCGCCACAAGCUCCUCUCCUACCACGCCGGCGACUUCUGGGUCCCCGCCGGGGGCGUCCGGAAGGAGGAGGUGGCCAUCCCCGAGGUCAUCACCAUCCUCCUCGUCGGACCCACCGGCUCCGGGAAGAGCUCCCUCGUCAAUCUCAUGUAUUCCGUCCUCGGUCGAUCCAGUCUCAUCCCCUUUGCGCACACCUCCUCGGGUAACGCCGAUGAUCCGCCUUCAGAAACCUUCGCUUUCUUCCUCCUCCUCCCCCUCCCCCGCCGUGGUUCUUCGUUUUUCUUUUCUAUCUUGAACUUGUUUCCUGUUUGUUAUCUGCAGAGGGGAAGGGGACGACGAGGUGCUUGGAGGAGCACAACGUGCUGAGGUCCCUGAGGAACGGCUUCUGCGUGUAUGAUUCCAGGGGUUUCGACUACGACCACACGGCCGACGGCCUGCGCGAGGCGGCGGGGUGGGUGGAGGACGGCGUCCGCCACCGCCAGCCCUGCGGCGGCGGCGUUGAUGGGGAUACUCUGGAGGAGAACCUCGGCGACGGGAGCCCGCCGCCGCGGUUCGCGAGGAGGAGGGUGAACUGCGUCGUGGUGGUGGCCAACAUGGCGGAAAUCUUCAGAGGAAUCAAGGCUGGCGACACUCGGCCCCUCGACGCCACCAGGGCCCUCUUUCUCUCCCCCUCUCUCCAACUCUGCGGUAAUCUCUCUCUACCUUCUCUCCCUAUCUCUCUCUCUCUCUCUCUCUCUCUCUCUCAACCUUUUCUCUAAAAGUGGGCGUGAAUUUGGGCAGGGGAGAAGCCGCUGCUGGUGCUGACCCACGGGGACGAACUGUCGGUGGAGGAGCGGAUCGAGGGGAGGGUGAAGGUAUGCGAGCUGCUAGGCGUGCCAGAGGCGACGGGGGCCUACGACGUGGCGUGCCUGAACGAGUACGGGCUGCCGGUGGAGGAGCUGGAUCCGGCGACCGCCUACGCCCUGGCGGAGGCCGUGUACAGAGCGCUGCUGGUGGCCGACCGGCGGCACCCCCCACGACACAGGGCCAAGGAACGCCUCCUCCAAGCCCUCUCCUGGCUCAUGUGGUCCCUCGCUGCCUUCUUCGCCUUCCUCUCCUUCUGCUUCUCCAAGCUCUCCAAGCCUGGCCAUUGGAAGCUCAAGAACAAGUCCCCAUAA